GAAGAAUCGAAUACUGAAUGGAAAAGAUCAAGGCUUUCCUUGCCAUGGAAAAGAGCUCUUUCACCGUCAUUUUUCGCAGGAAACAGGCGUCCAGAGGGGCUUCCUGGUAUUUUGCGAGGCAGAGAAAUUCAGCAGAAGCUACCUAAUGAAGGUCCUGCCGAUCCACCUUAUUUCUUUUCUCUGUUUGACCCAAGCACGAAUACUCCCUUUUAUUCUGCGUACAAAGUUACUCCCAGUCAAGCAAUGGGAAUUGGGGCGAAUAAUAGGAACGCUGUAAGAAACGUAAAUUGGAGAAACCCUAUAGGUAUGUAAAUAUUUAAUAAAUAACAGUUCUUUGAAGAUUGAAUAGGGAAGAAUUAAUGCCUUUGCAUUAUUGUUUUUAGAACAGGAACACUGAAAGCUUAUAUAAUACUAUCGGGGGCGGAUUGAAAAAAUUCAGGAAUGGGGAGGGAAAACUUUCCAGCUUUAUAGAAAUUAUUUAUUUUACAAGAAAAUUUUUCAAAAUAAUGCAAAAUUACACAGAAGAAAAAGGGAAUGCGGUCCCCUCAUGCUCAGAAUCACAACCUGAAAACGAGGUCCGCUGAGGGAAAAUACCCUGGUUAAUUAAAGUACGACACAAAGUGCCCGUUAGGUAGGCUACAGUGUAGAAGUGUAACACCUUUAAUUGCUGGUUUUCACUAUCACGCAAUCCAGAAUCAAUAAUCUGGGAAAUAAAGGGCUAUGAACAUGCAAAGACCCUUGCCAAGACUUUCAAGCCGGUGCAAAUUUUCAUAUGCGAGAUCUCUCUUGGUGAGAUAUAUGUAUUCGGGGGAAUGAUUUACCCAAACUUAUAGAGCAUUUUUAUAGAAAAACCAUGUUGGCGUCCCUCUAAAGUGCACUAACAUGGCGUCAGGAAUCCGAUAGCAACAUAUAAUACCGAGUUUUGCUACGAAAGCGUGAAUUCAUCCCUCAAGGAACUCACAAACAUUAAUAAGUAGUAUUCUUUUUAAUACCAGGACUGUUCAGUCAGCAAAAUUCCCCAAAAGUGACUUUUUAACUUACAUAAAAUCUCUCUCGGCAGCCACGCAAAUGCCGUGUCACCCAAAAGGUUAGAUAUUCACCCUUCUUCGGAGUGAAAAUUGGUGAAAAUAUAAAUUUUUGACUGCUCUAAUACUUCAUAGAAGUAAAAAUUCUGGAGGAUCGAUAAUUCUCACCAAAACAAAAUAAAACAAAAUCAAGUUCUACUUUUAAUCAACCGACAGAUUGAUUCAUAACCAUGGUAGAAAUGAAUUCGGGUUUUGGUAAAAGUUUUAGUUUUAUUAAUUAGAACCUUUGUCUAAGUUUACAAAUCUAACAGUUUAUGUAGUAAGAUUUUGUCGAAGAGUUGUCAGGGCCCGCGGAGCAGUUUUUAAAGUGCGGCGGCCGGUGACCACCUCUUUUGAAGUCGGGGGUGGGGUGCAAAUUUGGCUGUUCUCUCUUGGUUGUUUAGAACUGUCAGAUUACUGAACCUUUCUUGGCUCAUUGUUGAGCGGAGUUGUAGAAGGCCUAAAUGUAAUAAACGACCCUAAAUGUAGUAAAGUUCUAAAUGUAAUAACAUUUUGUCCAAAAUGUAAUAAACUCUUAAGGUGGCCCGUUCCUAUUUAUAUGCGUUUUGGUUAUGUUUUUGAUUCGCGUUUUUCAGAAUGAAAGGUUCAACCGAUUUCUACGAUUUUUUGCAUCCUUAAUAAAUAAAGAUGGAACUGUAAGAAAAUGUUAUUUAUUUUCUUAUAGGUAUAAAAACUUUUGAGAUAUCGGCAUAUAUUUAAAACCUCAGUUUUACGAAAAAUGAAAAUAACUUCGAAAUUCCAAGACAGAUUUUUCCCUAACUUCAGCAAAUAAGCCUCAGAGCUCUCUAGUUUUAUGUCUGCAAGUUUGAAGGCAAUCGUGACCGUAGAAAUCGCUCCACAAAAUGUUGGUCAAAUUUAAUGCUAAAACGAUCGGCUAACACAUUUGUGAGCGUAAACGCACAAAUAGCGGAAGAGAGCUGACAAACUACCUCUUAACUAAAACGUUGUUCUUACCCAAAGCACUGUUGGAGGAAAAUGAGUAAUCGGACAACUACGGCGAACACAGUUAGCGCUUUAAUACAACCGACGUUUUGCUACAUGCACGUUGAAAUUAAAUAUAUUCUAUUUAUCCAACUUACUCUGCAUUUUUCUGUUCAUUUUCGACAAAAAUAUUGAGAAAACAAAACACAGCAUCUGCAGAAACCGUUUGGCAGUUUUUAGCUUCAAAGGUUCUCGUUCUGAGGCGAAAUAAGCCUGCUAGUUCGAGAACACCUCGCCAUCCAAUUUUCAACUGCUAUGAAAACCCUCUCGCGCGAUAAUAUAUUCAAGAUCUCUGACUUUCCUAUCACAUGCUCACCAGCAGUAUGCCACUUGGGAAUAAUAGUUAUUAUUUACAUAUGGAAACCAUUUACUAUCGAAUUUAUGGCAUAAUUUGCCCUUGUUUUGUUAGGGGCCUUAUAGGCCUUUUCCGAUGAUUAUAUUAACUAUUAUCCCCAAGUGGCAUACUGUUCGUGAGCAUGAAUAUAUUAUCGUGCGAGAGGGUUUUCAUUGCAGGUGAAAAUCGGAUAGCGAGGUGUUCUUGAACUAGCGGGCUUAUUUCGCCUCAGAACGAGAACCUUUGAAGCUAAAAACUGCCAAACGGUUUCUGCAGAUGCUGUGUUUUGUUUUCUUAAUAUCUUUGUCGAAAAUGAACGGAAAAAUGCAGAGUAAGUUGGAUAAAUACAAUGUGUUUAAUUUUAACGCGCAUGUAGCAGAAAGCUGGUUGUAUUAAAGCGCUAACUGUAUUCACCGUAGUUGUCCGAUUACUCAUUUUCCUCCAACAGUGCUUUGGGUAAGAACAACGUUUUAGUUAAGAGGUAGUUUGUCAGCUCUCUUCCGCUAUUUGUGCGUUUACGCUCACAAAUGUGUUAGCCGAUCGUUUUAGCAUUAAAUUUGACCAACAUUUUGUGGAGCGAUUUCUACGGUCACGAUUGCCUUCAAACUUGCAUGCAUAAAACUAGAGAGCUCUGAGGCUUAUUCGCUGAAGUUAGGGAAAAAUCUGUCUUGGAAUUUCGAAGUUAUUUUCAUUUUUCGUAAAACUGAGGUUUUAAAUAUAUGCCGAUAUCUCAAAAGUUUUUAUACCUAUAAGAAAAUAAAUAACAUUUUCUUAAAGUUCCAUCAAUAUUUAUUAAGGAUGCAAAAAAUCGUAGAAAUCGGUUGAACCUUUCAUUCUGAAAAACGCGAAUCAAAAACAUAACCAAAACGCAUAUAAAUAGGAACGGGUCACCUUAAGUUGCCAAUUACAGUAAUUACUCGAAUAAGCGCCGCAUUGGGUGGGGAGUUAAUUAGCGCCGUGGCGCUUAUUCGUGUAAAUAGGGUACUAAGCGGUAUUACUAUGGUAUUAAGCUCCGCUCUCAAAUAAGCGCCGCGGCGCUAAUUCGCGUAAAUUCGGUACAUUUCCUUAUGCACUGUGAAACUUAACGUUUACAAAUAAAUUGUUUGUAAACGGCAAAAUAACAGUAUUUUUUUGAAAAAAGCAAUAUGUAAGCAAUAGAGAACUUUUUUCCUGUGUUUGCAUAGCCUGAUAUAAACACUAGAGGGAUUGGGAGAAUUGGAAACUCAAAAACGUUUUAAAAUUCGUGCUUGUGUGAUUAGCGCGCAAAGAGCAAAACAUCUUGACUCCACACAUGUUUACAUACUCUCAUACAAACACAUCCCUCGGCUAAUCAGAGCGCGCGCGUAUUAUCUUCAGUUAUUUAUAAACGUUGUUAUCAGACGUGCAGUAGUCUUUAGGGCCUGUUUACAUGGAGGUGGGGGACCCCAGAUACGUGACGUAACAUGCGGCGGGUCACCCCACCUAUCAUGUAAACGUGAUCAAAUUAAAAUGAAAGAUUAUGUGGACAGGCGGGUUACCCACCAAAGCGGGUUGCCUCACCUGCCUGGGGUCCCCCACCUCCAUGUUAACAGGCCCUUAGACUUCUCGUUUUUUGUUCUUAAUAUUUUAGCUGAUUAGAUCUCUUUUCUAGAGAUCCAACGUUGACAAGCAACAAGAUUUUGUAAACGUCAAGUUACACAUUGCAUAAGGAAAUAUACCGAAGCUUAUUAAAUUUUUUAUCCAAAAAUGCGGCGCUUAAAACCAUAGUAAUACCUCUUAGUACCGUAUUUACGCGAAUAACCGCCGUGGCGCUUGUUAAAUCCUCCCAAAUGCGGCGCUUAUUUGAGUAAUUACGGUAAUUUGCAACUUAAGAGUUUAUUACAAAAUGUUAUUAUUAUGGAUUACAAAAUGUUAUUAUUAUGGACAAAAUGUUAUUACAUUUAGGACUUUAUUACAUUAGGGUCGUUUAUUACAUUUAGGCCUUCUACAGGAGUCAUGUUUAUAAAUUUCAAGCCGCUGUAAAGUACAUUUCUUCUGCUUCGAGCCUGAUUGCCUAUGCAGAAUCCACCAGUAGAAGUUUGCAGAUCAUGAUAUUACACUGUAGGUUCCUGUAACCCCUAGUUUUGUCUAGUAUGUUAUCCAAAUGCGUCAGAGACCACAUCAUCAGCCGAUAUAAUUCGUUUUAAGAAACCGUGUUCGUAGAGUAGCCUCGGAUUUAAUCGAGAACCUUCAUUAAUUAAAAAGACUCUAUUCCGCCUCGUUACAAAUGCUACAUAACCAUGCCGUUUGAAAAAACAGAAGUCUAGGACUAAUUAGGUGCAGUUUUGUAAAGAUAGGCGUUUUGAGGCUUGUUACGCAUCAGACUGAUGGGAUCGAAACGGACCAAUGAUGAAUUUAUAUGCUUAACGAUUCUUAUUCUAACAAAUUAAAGAUACAAUUUAUAUAAAAAUGUAAAUUACAGUGGAACCUCUAUAACGAAGUCUUCGGUCUAACGAACUAUUUUUUUUUUUGACUCCAGCAAUAGUAAAAUAUAAGGCAAUAUGAAAAAGAACCACGUUAUAACGAACAUAUUUUGCCAGUCACUUGGCCCUUCGUUAUAUCGAGGUUCCACUGUACUUAAUUUUAUUUAUUAUUCAUUCAAAAUAUUUCCCCGAUUCUGAUUGGCUAAAAGCACACGUUUAAUUCACCAUAACCAGUUACUGAUGACCAAAUUUGGAAGAAUUUUGACUUUAACGAGGAAAUGACGUCAAAAAUGCAGCGUUUUCGCAGGUUAAGGCAAUGUUAACCGAGAAGACCUGGGGACGAGAUUAAAUUGUUUUGGUUGUGAACUUGAAAAAAUGGCGGACAUUUCACUCGUUUCAAGAGUAAGAACUAGGCGAAAAAAUAGCUAAAAACAUGGCAAGAACAGCAAGAAGACAACUCGAAGGGCGACAUCUGCUAUUUGGAGAAUAUUUGCGGAGCUGGACAAACCUAAACGUACAUUAUCGAAGAUCAACUGAACAUCGAUGGAUCGAUGGAGGUUAGCAUGUUUUAGCUAUGUUUUUAAACUAGGAAUUAUUUUGAAUGAAUAAUAAAACAGUUAUUGAAUUCGGCUUUCGUAUCAUAUGAAGAAUUAUGGAGAUCCCGGAGGGUGUUAUCCGCCUCGGCCUACGGCCUCGACGGAUAACACCCUCCUCGAUCUCCAUAAUUCUUCAUAAGAUACUCAGCCUCAUUCAUUAACUGUUAAUGAGUUUAUUAACGUAAGCUUCGCUUGUAGGCUUACUAAAUCCGUCAUUUAGCUAAUUACAUGAAAUUUUGGCUAGUUAGCGAAUUUAGCGAUUUUUCUAAAAAUCGCCAAAUUAAAAUGCACCAAAACUAUGUGUUGCUAAUAGAGCACUUCCAAGUUCCAAAAACCCUCACUUUCAAAAUGAGACCAAGUGCACAAGUGUUCUUGUGAAAAUGAGAAAUGAGUUUUAUUUGCAUGAGAAUGAAAAAUCAUUUCCAUAAGAAAAGUAGUAAGGGCACUUAACCUCGUUUUGAUACAGGGGCUCGGGGGAACUCCUAGUCGGAAAUGGCCUAUUUAAAUCGUCUCUAUCCGCUAUUUGGUCAGUUUCAAACACAUAUGCUAUUUGAUGGUCGAUUUUGACGUGUAUCACUGACUUUGUGUGACAAAGUAUCUUAAAUAUAAGUGAGGACAGUAUUAAGAUUUGACAUUACAGCUAGUUGCAGUUUCGUUUGUUUCGUUCAAAUUAAAGUAACAAAACGUUGUAUGAUUUUGAUUCAAAAUGAAGCCAUUGACGUUUUAUUAUUUUGUCACAUAAAUGUUCUAUUGUCGUCGUUAAGGUUUUGAAUAAGUCAAUUCGCCAAAGUUUCAGUUCGUGAAAUCGCGAAAAUAAAGUGACUUAUGUUCCAAAAUUUACAACAAAUCGCUAAAUUAACGUGCUGCUAAAUAAGGGUUUUCCAAAAUCGCUAAAUAAACAUGUCGCCACGAUUUCAUGUAAUGAGGUAAAAUAAAAUUGAAAAAGGUGAUAUAUUAACCUAUCAUUGUUCAUAGCUAAUCCUGGUGACCCUGCUGUCCGAGUCGACGCCGCUUACACUGAGGCAAUCACAACUGAUAGGGAACCACUAAGCAGAGGUCAUAUGAAUCCCGCGGGAAUAAACUCGUUUGAUUUCAAAUUCAUGAAAGCAACAUUCACCCUUACCAAUGCAGUACCUCAGUUUGAAGCAUCAAACAGUGGCCCCUGGCAGGAUUUUGAGACAAAAAUACGAGAUUAUGCGAAAGACAUUUGUGGUCCGAGAGGAGGAACCUUGUAUCUCCUGACAGGACGAUCUGAGAACGGCAUUAUACCCGAUCCUCAAAAACCUUACAAAGUUGUUCAGGAUACUUCAUACACCGUACCAAUGCCCUAUGUCAAGGAUAAAUUUCUCGGAGGUACAGUGAGACUUGAAACCCCUCGUUCUGUUUGGACAGCGGGCUGCUGUGUGUGGACGGAGCCUGGGAGGGUGUUUGGAAGGUUUUGGCCGGCGAAAAAAGCCCAGUCCUUCGCGGUAAUGAGCAACAACCAGAAGGAUGGAAACAAGCUGUACCAGACACAAAUGAGUGUGCGCGAACUUGAACAACUCCUAAAAGCACCUUUAUUGGAAGCGGUGAAUUUGUUCCCAGGAGAUGAAAACUGCAGACGUCCAGCGAACCAUGUAAAGCUUAAGUAA